AUGAACCAAGUGAGUGCGACGCGGAAGCUGUUCGUGCGCCAACUUCUGUCGGCGCGAAGCCUCCCUGAGAGUCGAAGCAAAUACAUGUACAGAGGAGUUGAACUCAUCCGCGCGUGGAUACAGGGGGUGGUCGUGGAGGUACAGAUCCCGCGAUUUGCCGUUGACGACGGCACUGGCGUGGUGUGGAUCGACAUACAGAGCCUGAUUAAGAGUAAUCCAUCGCUAAACGUUCGGGUGGGAGAAUACGUGAUGAUCAUCGGCCCCGUGCUCGGGUCUCUAGGCGUUCCCGAGCCAUCGCCGGAACGGAUCCAAGCCCAUCAAGUCAUCCCGCUUGCCGCCAAGGACGUUCACCGCGAGUGCCUGUGGUUUCUCGAAGUCAUCGAGUACUGGAGUCAUGCCGUACGCACUCGCCCGAUCGAGAUUGACGGCUGA